GUUUAUAUUUUCUUAUUUAUAUAAAAAAAGGGCCCAAUUCUUUCUUGGGUUAUAAGAAGAAGAUGAUUACACAGUAGUGGUAUGAGUUAUAGACCAGAGUGAAUAAUAAAAAUUGAAACUAACAAGGGUGGAUAUUCAUUCAUAUUGGCGGGCAGACAGCACAUUAUAUGAAUGUUGUAUCGAAAUCGAAGACAAGCAAGAGGACAAGUGAAGCUGAUUGAGUUAAUUGGGGGUGCUAUAAUCUAAUCUAGGGUUUCCUCCUCCUCCUCUUAAGCACAAGCAGCAGCAGCAGCAGCAGCAGCAGCAGCAGCAGGAUGUUCGGAACACCGGCCAACUCGAGCCCCGCCUUCGGCACUCCCUCAUCCACCCCCGCAUUCGGCACCCCUAACCCCUUCGCCACACCCGCCGCCUCCACUCCCCAACUCACACCCAACCCCUUCGCCACCCCUAACCCUAACCCUAACCCCUUCGCUUCUUCCUCCACUCCCGCUUUCGGAACCCCUUCUUCAUCCGCUUUCGGCACUUCUCUCUUCUCUACCCCCUUCUCCCAACAACCACCUCAAUCCAAUCCCAAUUCGGCUUUUGGAUUCUCCUCCUCUCCAUUUCCUCAACAGCAGCAGCAGCAGCAGCAGCAGCCUCAGCCGUCUCCUUUCGCCGCUCCUUCUCCCUUUGCCAUCUCUCAACUCACCACUCAAAUGGCUCCUGUCGCUCCUCUCCCUUUCUCUCUCGCCGAUCGCGACAUUCAGGGGAUUUUAGAAGCUUACAAGGAUGACCCAGGAAACACCAAGUAUGCAUUCAAGCAUUUAUUGUUCAGCGUAACUGAUCCACAAUACAGAAUAAAGCCUGCUGGUGUAUCGGAUAUUAUGUGGGCAGAGGCGAUGGGGAAGCUAGAAGGUAUGGAGAGUUCAAAACGGGAGCGCCUCUGGCCACAACUUGUUCAAGGUUUUAAAGAUCUUUCCGAGCGUCUCAAGCUUCAAGAUGAAAUUCUAGUCUCGGACGCUGAUAGAUUACGUAUAACCCAGAGCAAUGUGAAAGUGCUUCAAAGGCACUUUCAAGCCGAUACUAUUCCUCGAAUUGAAAGAAUGAGACAGAAAGAGCAUGGUAUUCAAAGACGUCUUUUAAGGGUUAUGAGAAUGGUAGAAGCUCUGGAAGGAAAGGGAUUUCGACUACCAUUGAUGAAAGGUGAAGUGGAAUUAGCUGAGAAGCUGGCUGCUAUAACUCGACAGUUGAAAGGAUCUGGAGCAGAACUUUCUCGGAGGGUCCAAAAUCUUCUUACUCUAGCUCGUGUUCAAGCAAAUGAUCUUGGCGGUUCUGUUUUUCUACCAGGAUCAACUAAAAUUCAUGAACAGUCUCUUGCUAGUAUGCAGGAGGUGUUGCAACAGCAGACAGAGGCCAUUUCUAGGAUGGGAGGUGUGUUGAAGAGAGACCUCCGAGACAUGGAAAUUAUGAUGGCAGAAGAGACAGAUGCUUGAACUAGGAAGUCAUUCUGGGUGGCUGCAUGUUAUAUUCAGUUGUAAUUGUUUAUUUGUUGCUGUUAAUUGUUAUUAGCUAUGCUUGAUAGACUUUUUCUUGAUAGUUUCUAUCCAUCUUUCUAAUCUACUCAGCUCUGCUCAAAAUUUUCAUCCAGCUAUAAGCGAUUACUUCUUGCUUUCUUGGUGAUCA